AAUAUAGAUGCACAAUUGAAAUCGCACUGGAGUUGUAAAGUGUUAAUAAGGGACAUAUUGACAGGGAAACAUAAAAGUGUAGGACUGUACACACCAAGAACAUGAGCCACCUGCUCAACCUUCCAGUGCUACUCCUUAAGGAGGGUACUGAUACCUCCCAAGGGAGAGCACAAAUCAUCAGUAAUAUAAACGCUUGCCAAGUAGUGGUAGACUGUAUAAAGACAACACUGGGUCCGCGUGGCAUGGACAAGUUGAUCCACAGCGCAAAUGGUGUUACCAUAACCAAUGACGGAGCUACCGUGCUGAAGUUAUUGGAUGUAGCACACCCAGCUGCCGCUGUGCUUGUUGAUAUUGCAAAAUCACAGGAUGACGAAGUUGGUGACGGUACAACCUCAGUGACAAUACUGGCCGGUGAGCUUUUAACAGAGGCCAAGCAGUUCAUCAUCGAUGGAAUCAGCCCACAAGUUAUCAUUAAAUACUUCCGUAUAGCCUGUGAACGAGCGCUUGAGAGAAUUGAGUCUUUGAGCAUUGAUAUAGACAGUAAAGAUGAAGCUACCAAGAGGUCACUCCUGAUCAAGUGCGCAGAAACCUCAUUGAACUCGAAGUUGCUAUCAGGACACAAGAACUUCUUUGCACAGAUGGUAGUGGACGCCGUAAUGCUGCUAGAUUCUGACCUGGAUCAGGAUAUGAUAGGUAUAAAGAAGGUUACAGGUGGUAGUUGCAGUGACUCGAUGCUUAUCAAAGGAGUUGCCUUCAAAAAGACAUUCACGUACGCAGGAGCUGAACAACAACCAAAGAAAUUCAUUGACCCUAAGAUACUACUAAUCAAUAUUGAGCUUGAACUAAAAGCAGAAAAGGAAAAUGCAGAAAUACUUAUUAAGGACCCAAAUCAAUACCAAAGCAUAAUAGACGCUGAGUGGACUAUCCUACACGAUAAAUUGGAAAAAAUCGCGAAAAUGGGCACCAAUGUGGUACUCUCCAAGCUGCCUAUAGGCGAUAUUGCCACGCAGUUUUUCGCCGAUCGCAAUAUUUUCGCAGCAGGGCGAGUUGAGCAGGCUGAUAUGAUAAGGACCAGCAAGGCUACUGGUGCCUUGAUACAGAAUACGGUUAACGGUAUAAGCACGGAUGUAUUGGGAACCUGUGGUAUAUUUGAGGAGCGCCAGAUCGGCAAUGACAGGUUCAACAUUUUUGAAGGCUGCCCCAAGACAACCACCGCAACACUUAUAUUGCGAGGUGGCGCCCAGCAGUUUGUCGAGGAAAGUGAAAGGUCACUCAAUGACGCGAUAUGCAUAGUCAGACGUACUACACGUACACAGAAGAUAGUUGGAGGUGGUGGAGCAAUUGAAAUGGAACUCUCCAAGGCAUUGAGGGAAUAUUCACUAUCAGUAGCUGGGAAGCAACAACUAAUCAUCAGUGCAUUCGCACGUGCACUGGAAGUAAUACCCAAGACAUUGGCACAGAAUGCCGGGUUCAACGCUACCGACGUUAUCUCAAAACUGCGUCGUGACCAUGCACUUAGCAAGGAUGUCAACUGGUUUGGAGUUAACUGCCUAAAUGGUGAUAUAGUUGACGCAUUCCAAGAUUGCAUCUGGGAGCCUGCAAUGGUCAAGAAGAAUGCAAUAUACGCCGCCACAGAAGCUGCAUGCCAAGUCCUCUCAAUCGACGAAACCGUUAAACACGCCUCGCAGUCACAGCAAAUGCAGUAGACAUAUACACUUAAAUUUUAGU